CGGCUAUGUUCUUUAAACGCCUUUUCUUAGGGCCGGCAAUAUGGUGUGUGCCACUAAACUCUCCUGACGGAAUUUAAUGUAAUUAAGGGAUUACAGUGCUGCCGCUCUGAGGCUGGAAAUAUUUACUACUAUACCGACGACCGAGGUGUUUUCAUGCUUUGGUGCACAGUCAGGACGUGGGGUGAUCUGAAAGGGUCUUAGAGCGUUUUAAAACCCUCCGUUUUGACAGCAUAGAUUAAUCUGACAGUUAGUGGGCAAAGGAGAUUUUCCGUCGAGGAGUGGAGCGCUUUACGCACAGCCGAGACGCACAAGUGGAAAUGACAACAGCAAAGUCUAAGAGGAUACACUGAUAUCUUUGGGGUUUGACAGUUCCCAGAGGCUCUAAAAAAGAAAGGCAACCAACUUGUCGAAAACCUUUUACUGUUAUGUCUGUCUCCUCUCUGCCGGAAUGGAAACAACUCCUGCUGGAGAAAAAGAGGAAAGAGGAGGAGGAGCGAGAGAGGAGAGAGAAAGAAGAGGAAGAAAAGUUGGCCAGCAUGCCCGCCUGGAAGCGAGGGAUCAUUCAGCGGAGGAAGGCGAAGCAGGACAGUUUGGGUGACAGGGAAAAAGAGAGAGACGUCUGUCUGCUGCAGGUGGACGUCAGAUCUGCAUCUGAUGGUCUGAGUGACACAGACAGCCUUGUGACGGUUAAUUUGGGAAGCGAGAUGUCACUGAGUCCAGAUUCAGGGCCAUGGCUGGAUGGAGAUGUCAAACCAGCAAGUCAGGUGUCCAUAGAAACUAUUGUCCCAGUUCAUGAAAACCCAUUUAUUCGCACGCAGAGUGCAUGGAGGAAGGGCAGGGACGCAGAAGGAGGGAAUGAGCCAGAAGUCAAGGAGAGGGAAAAAGACAAAUUGAGUCCCAGGGGUCAAGAGGGGGAGUUGGGAAGAGGAAGAGAUAUAGAGCUGAAAAUAGAGAGAUUCAGAGACUUAAGUGAGGGACAGGAAAAAGAAAGGAGCAGGGACAGGAGUCAAGGGAGAGAAAGAGAGAAUAGCAACCAGUGGAAAGAGUCAGUUAAAGAUACAGCUAGAGAGCGGGAAUUCCUCAAAGUAAGAAAAGAUGAGGAGGAAAAAGAAACAGAUCCAUCAGCUAGUGCAUUUUCACCCCACGUUCCUUGUCUCCGGACCAUCCGUGCCGACAACAUCAUCAUCAUUGAGCAGGACAGGAAAGGCAGUGAUGAGAGAAGGGGUAGAUGGAGGGAGAUGGAGAAGGAGAGGCCCGAGGAGGAGCACCAGGGGAAGAGAGGGAUGAAGAUGGACCUGAGGGAGAUCCUGGCUGGAGGGGGAAGCAUCACAGAGAUCCGAGCUUCUGAGGUUCUGAUCAUAAAGCCCUCGGCAAGCCCAGAAGAGAGGAGUCCAGAAGGAGGAGGGGAGAAAGGUUCGAGUAGAGAGGAUGGAGAGAAGUGCAGCAUGGAUGGGAGGAGGGAAAGUUUGGGCAGGGAGCUCAGAACAGACAUGUCCUGGCUGAGAGAAAAAGAGAAGGAGAGACCGUGGGGUCAGGCAACAGUUAUCAAAGAUGACAGGAAGGACAGUUUGGACGAUAACGUGUUCGUUGAUAGAGGAGGGAGGGUCAGCCAGCUGCUGAGUAAAUUCGGACAGCACCCCAAGCCUCCUGCUCGAUCCAAAAGCUCUGAUAAUUUCCUGCGGCCUGGGAGGAGAAAAAACUCAGGAGAUGAAGAUGAGCAGCAAUCUGAGGUGGAUGAGAGGAAUCUGCUGCUGAAAGGUGUACCGAAGCGUUCGUUUAGCUUCUCCGAGCGGGUCAUCUGUGCUGAGGAGAACGGUUUAGAUAAUGAUAGGUAUAAUGAGAGGAAAACGCGUGAGAGGAUACAUUCAGACAAGAGCGUAGGGCCAUGGGUCGACGUCGCAGGCUUGGGGAAAGAAACCACAGCAAAGGUCAAACCCGGCUGCACAUGGCUUUUAGAUAAAGACCGGUUUGGAAAGCAUAGAGAUGGACAUUUAAAAACUGAGGAUGAAAAGGUGGAGAGCAUGCAGAGGAGAAAUGAAGCAGAAAUGUGUAUCUCCAUCCCACACAGGAGCGAGGUAAAGAAAAUGGAGGCUGUUGUCAUGAGGGCUGUGGAGAGGGCAGGUGAUGCAGAUGGAGAUGAGGGGUUCACAGUGGCGUCAGUCAAAAACACAGAGGGAAUCUCGUUUGCUAGAAGAGUUGCGAUCAAACAGGACGGGAAAGCAAGAGCUGAGAGAGAGUUGAAGCGACAGUCAGGUGAGAAAGGUCCAGAGAGGGAGGUGAGCGUAGAAAAAGAUGCAGAGUUAGAAGUGAAAGUUUGUGACAAAAAGGUGUCCGAUUUUCAGAGGGACGAGGGAAGCACAAUCCCACCUGAAACUUUGCAGAAAAGUCAAUCAGCAUUCACAGAGUGUUCCAGUCUGCUCUGUGCUGUCACAUAUAAAGCAAGAGACCCCCACAGAGGACCGGAGUGGGGUGGUGCAGGGCCACAGGGACCUUACCUACACUCCGUUUUGUCUCAACACACAGAGGAGCUUAUAAGUAAAAUAGAAAAAAUUGGAGACACAACUGUUUAUAGCAAUGAGAAAGGAGAAAGAUCUUACAAGGCUGCGUAUGAAAUGACCAAAGGGUCAGAUCUGGAUGUUGGAUCAGACAACCUCAUUCAUGAAGCAACCCCAAGAUCUCCAAAAAGGAUUGCACCCAUGGGAAUCUCCCCAGGUCCCCUCGAGAUUCAGAUCCCCAGAAGUGUGUUUUAUGUUGCAGAAGAAAUGUUGGAGAGAAAAAAGGCCGUGGGUCAAAGCGACGAGGGGCAAGACUUGGAAAAAGGUAAAGGGGUUGAGCGGAGGGAUAGCUGGAGGAUCGGGAAACCCCUGAGCCGCAUCGAGUCUCUGCGAGAGAAAAUAAGACAACGAGAGCUGGAGAGGCUGAAACAAAGAGAGGCGCAAGAUGGAGGCGGGACUGAAGGUGCAGAGAUAAAUGACACUCAGACAGCCAGGGACGAGAGGGGAACUGAAAUAGAGAAAGAGUGGGACUCUGCAGCUCAUAUGCGGAAGAAGCUGGGCGAGGCGGAGAAGGGACAGGAAGAUGCAGCAGUGCAGACAACCAUGGCUGCAUUUGACGUCACACAGGAAGUCAACGUGUUGAAAACCUGCCCUCAGCUUCCUGUUUCUGUCCCACACUCACAAGCUGUCAGAGAGGAAGUAACAAGCUCCACUGCUGCCUCUGAAGUUACCUCUGACAGCUUCCAGAUAUCUGAGGAUGAAGACGACCCCCUCAAACAUGUGGAAGAAGAGCUGAGGUGCCACAGGGGCCAACACGAGAUCAGAGAAGACGAAAGGGAGAAGGAGGAAGAGAAGGAGCUCUCAGAAGAGGAGGUAGAGGAAUAUACAUCCCCUCUUGAUCCUGUGCAGUCUGUCUCCCCUUUGCCGUCUCAUCCCAACUCCCUCGCAGCCAUGAGCCGGAUCUACAACUUGGAAACUGUUGGCUCGAGGUCGGGCUUGUGUCUGAGGGAGAGGACUGUGGACAUCCCAUCAGUGCACCUUGUUAAAGUGAAGCCCAUCAUGUCAAACGCUCAGCAGGGGGACAGCAAAGCAUUCUCAGGUGAGGACAUUUGCGGGGUUCAGACAAUACAGCGACAGAUAGAGCAGUUUCAGCUGAAAGAGCAGGAAAAGUCUUAUACAUCACCAAACGCUCCUCUUAAGGACAAAGAGACAAAAGGGCAGCAAAGCCCCAGAGGAGUGUUAAAGCACCAGGUGAAGGACAAUGCCAAGACCUCAGAGAAAGAUAAGGAAACACCAGGAACGAACCCCAAAAUGUCUCCUCGGCGUGUUUGUUCUCCGACAUCUCAGCUCAAGCAAUGUAGCCAAACUACCACCAUCACCCCCUCAUUUCUCAGGAGCCAAUCCCCGGACAAUACUUUGAAACCCUCAGAUUCUGCCCCGACGCCAGCCUCCUCCCCUAGCUCCCCAUCUCCUGCCCAGUCUCCUAGUAUCUCUCCAUCUCCAACCCCAUCGCCUCCACUCUUCUCCAUCAGGAGUGCCUCUGGAGGCCAAGUGAAGAGAGGUGCCACCAUCACAAUCACCCCAAAAAAGCCUGCAGGAGGAGGAGGGGGAGGAGUGACGGGGCCCACCACCGGCUCCACGGCAGCAGCGUCAAAAUCUGCAAAGACCUCAUCGCAGCAGGCCCAGGUGACCUCUGCAGUGGCCGAGCCAGCGAAGAAGAAGUACCCUACAGUGGAGGAGAUCGAAGUGAUUGGCGGAUAUCAGAAUCUAGAGAAAUCGUGUCUGGUCAAGAAAGGAGGGACCCCGAAAAGGGGAAAGGUGUGUUUCGAUGAGGACCAGCUGGAGCAGGUGUGUGAGUACCCAUCAGAGACCUCCAUGCUAGCGUGUACCCCCUACCCUCACGACCUGUGGAAGAUCGAGAGGCCGCAGGGAGAGGAGGCGCAGGAGAAAGAGGCUGAAGUGGACGGAGGAGCAAUUGUGUCCAAAAGCACAAGGAAUGUAGGGACUGCAACAGGAGGGGGUCUAAGAGUGGGUCAGUGUCACCCCCUUCUCAAGAAACACAACGUGUGAUGAGUGAGAUUAUGGAUUCAGAUUGUUUUGCCAUUCAUGAUGUCUCACUGUGAAACUGUUGAUAGGUUUGGACUUUUCACAGGCUAAGAUGGUGUUUCUUUUCUGUUUAUUUUCACUGUGUUCAAUUUUCCUUAAAUGAUGGGUCUGGCAAGAUACUGCGAUUUUGUUAUUGUCAACAAAUCCCAUGAAAAGACCAAAAUCAACAAUGAAUAUUUCUUUUGGAGUCAAAGCCUGAUUUAGCUGUUGUUUCAUACCAAAGCACGUGCUCUGUGGUUUUAUUUUGAGUCAGUCCCACAUGUCAUUAGCCCCUUUUACACUACCUCUUCAAGGCGAGAAUGUUGCGUCGUUAUUAUGCCUUGCCGUUCUGUAUAAAAGGUACAAUCGCGCAAUUUGGGGUGACAUUACAACACACAGUUGUCUCGCCUUUAAGCCAGUAGUAACAGCAUUGAAUCGCCGUCUGUGUAAAAGGGACUGCCGGCAGGACACAACCGCUGACAGGACGAGUUUGACAUGUAGUGAGUGCGACCCACCAUUGGGAGAUUUACUUAGCAGCUAGAAGCAGUUAGCAGCUAACUCAAAGAAAAAGAACAACAGCUGAAAAUGUGCUCCUUACCCUCAGUUCAAAGCAAUGAAGAGGCUUCGUUCUGGCCCUAUUGCAGGAUCACUGUGUAAAAGGGGCUAUUAAUAGCCUAGUCAUUACCACAACAAGUGCCCAGCUGCUUAAGUACAUUAUGGAGCCUUUUUAAGGUUUAACCAUGUAAUUGUGACCCUUUUAAAAAAACAAAAAAGAAAAACAUAUAUAUAUAUAUAUAUAUAUAUAUAUAUAUAUAUAUACAUAUAUUCACCAUGCUCAUUAUUUCCCCCUUACUUUUUGUUCUCAGGAAUAGAUAUCAUUUCAGUGUUGUAAGGGGGAAAAAACCUCUAUGAGCUAGCAGCUAACAGACAGUUAGCAAGCUAAAUGUCACUCAUGAGUUUGAUUACUAACGUAACAAUAACUUUACAGUUUAUUCAGCAGAUGUUUGUACCAUUGACUCCUGUCUUAUGUCUGUUUGCAGACCAUUUCUCUUGUGUGGAACAGUCCUACUCUGACAUUCAUUUUACGUAACCAGCUCCGAGCUGUCACUGGCUGAGAGGCUGGGUACAGAUUAUCAGGGCAGACAUAUAGAGACAGACAACCUUUCACAUUCACACCUACAGGCAAUGUAGAGUCACCAGUUAACCUAAUGUGCAUGUCUUUGGACUGUGGGAGGAAGCCAGAGUGCCCAGACACAGGGAGAACAUACAAACUCUGCGCGGAGGGUCUCCCCCACCCACGGAUUUGAACCCUCUACCUCGAGUUUGAACCAGGAACUCUCUUGCUGUGAGGCAACAAUGCUCACCACUGUGCCACCUCAGAAGACAUUAAAUAAAAGUUGAUGGUACAACAUCUAAUCAGCUAAAGGUACAUUAGCUCUCUCCAUUUUAGAGUCUUAGGCUAGAUUUUGCUGGGAAAUUUUGUCAUUUUAAACACUGGUCUUUUCCGGGGAUUUAUCAACAGUAAUAUGGAUGAACGCCAGCCGUCAGUAAACAAACUGACCAGUUUUCAGAGUUUUUGCAAAUGUUAGCAGGUUAGCAGCGUGGGCAAGCUUGAUAAAGAGACGAAAAUAAAUGAUUCCAAAUUGCAACAAAACACUGGUUUUAAAUGCAGCACUGCCAAAUGUAGGUUUGGUUACAAUGUUAAAAUGCUAUUAGAGAGCAAAUGGAAUGGUAUGGUUGCAUUUAUGGUCAACACAAAGCCAUAAAUGUCACUGUUGGUGAAUGGGAUGAAGUCAGCUCCAAAGAUGUAAAAUAAAAUAGAAUAGAAAUCCUUGAUUCACCUAAUUUACCUUCCAUUUCCGUCUCUCUGUCUUCCAGAUGAGUCUUGUCCUCGGUAGAAGCCAGUCAACUUCGCCAAAAUUGCCCAUGUGACGAGAUCGCCAACAUUUUGUUGAGCGUUCAUUAUGACAUGAUUUUUACUGUUUUGUUCGUUUUGAAUUGUUGAAUUGGCUGUUUGUAAUCCUUGUGGUGUUAUGUUUUUAUCUAGCAUCAGAAUGAAUGAGUGUUUUGGAAGACAUGUACAGUACAGUUUGAUUUAUGCAGUUGAACAUGAUUGUGUUUGCUGGGGGAAAUAUUUCACCCAGUUUUAUUUUCAGGGAAACUGGGGGAGAAAUGUGAAUGUAUAAAUGCGGUACAUACAAUAAAAGUCCCUCAGGUGUGCACUGGUGGGCGCUGAAGGAUCACUUGUCUAUGCAAUAUAAUGAUAAGAUUUUAUUUUUUAGUUUGAUAGUUUCUUACUAUAUUUAAGUCUGCCUCAGCACAGAAGAGUGAUGUUUAUAUCAUCUUGUUUCAUGUGCCUGCUGGAUUUGCCCAUACAGAUGAUAUAAAGAUCAAUUUAUUUAGAUAUUUGAUUUUUCUUGUCUGAAGCCUUUUUGGAAAAACCUCCUCUCAGUGGGUGCUGAACUUUGCAGGGACAGGGGUGGUGCAAUCUGUGCAGGACAGUUAAAGGUCUGUGUGUUUUGUGGGGUCUAAUUUAAGCCUUACUGUUCACAGUGACAACUCUGAUAACAGCUCAUGUUUAUGGAUACAAAUAAAGGGACUAUUUUGUUAUUUCUGUGUGGAAGUGGAGAGAGCUCUGUGAGUUAAAGUCCCUGAGAGGAAGCGUAGUUGAUAAACAUACAUAUAAACAAUUAACAGAUUAACUUUUUCAUUUUGCAGCUGCUAUCAGACUUUCGGCUGUAUUACAUUUAUAAUACAAUACACAUAUACAGAGUGUUUCUUGUUUGUAGAUUAAUAUUUUAAUUGGUAAGAGAAGAAUAAAUUCCAUGCAAAUUGUUUUUUCUAUGAUGGUGGAAGAAGCUGGCUUCAAGAGAAUAAAUCUAAUAAAUAU